AGGUGUCAAAAAAAAUCGGUGGCUGUGCAGGCCAACGAUUUAGGGGGGCGGUCAUAAAUUUGCUGCCAAUUUUGGAUGAUCACAAGACCCACCCAAAUCGGGCGCUCCUAUUUCGCGUGAUAUCCCCUCAUCGAUUUGGUCCGGCAAUCUCCACGGAAGGUAUACUUAUAAGCACCCCCCGCAAUGACGUUACCUGCACCCCUCCAGUCUUUCUUUUACGUUCAAUGCCAGCUCCCAUCUCCCGUCGUUUCGACCCGGGAAAUUACUGGGAAGGCGUGUCUCCCGACCAGGAUGUCGAUCCGAACAAUGUCGUUCGCUAUUGCUUGAAGCAGCACCAUUUAUGUUUGAGGGAAAGGCUUCGUAGCAAACAAUAUAUGCCCCACACCUUAGUAGUGUUCGUUGAUGGCUCCUAUCAGUACAAUGAACAUCAUGGUCAACGUAUCGGUGGCUAUGGCUGCUACUUCGGGCCUAGUUCGCGCUAUAAUGUCAGCGAGUGCCUUCCCUCGAACCGACCCCAGACAAGCAAUCGUGCUGAACUCCAUGCUUCAAUUGGAGCUCUUCAGACAAUUCGUGACUGCAUUCCUGAGUCGAGUCAACCCGAGGAUGUUGUCGUUAUCACCGACUCCCGAUACGUCUAUCGGGGAAUCACUGAAUGGAUCUUUGCGUGGAGAGCUAAUGGAUGGAUGCGUCGGGGCAGGCGACGUGUCGAAAACCGCGACCUAUUUGAAAAAUUAGAUGCACUUGUGGUUGAGUUCGGUCAAUGCGGUGUCUCUGUGCGUUUUUGGCGUGUCCCAAGAGCAAGGAAUACCAAAGCCGAUGAGUUGGCGCGAGAAGCCUCGAGCGCGCCCUGAAUUGAGUUCCGUGAGUGCAGGAAAUUGACAAUUUCCUUGUGCCGAAUUCCCCGAAUGCGAGCGUUAACUUAAUACAUGUAUACGACCGAUUAUAACGUCUGCAAUAAUCGUGUUCUGUUACCACAGACGAUCCUACCCAUUCGCUAGCCUUUGUCGGAACAUCCACCUUUCCACUCCCAUCCCAAGUCUUUCGUUGAAAUCUCCUCACCCUAUACUG